AUGAACACGCAGAACGGAACGUCGUCUACUUGGGCCGUGUCGAACUCGACGAACGCGACGGUCAUCAACGACGGAUGGGUGCGCGGCAAAAGCGCGUUGCCGAAGCGCGGCCGGCGGGGAGCCAAUCUGGAUGAGAAUGGGGCGCCGUGCUUCAGCUGUUUCUUUGUCGAUGGGUGCCGUGGAGGGAUGUUGCUUGGCAACUGCCAGACCGUAGAGAUGGGAUAUUCGGGUUGCUGCUACAUCCUCACCUUCUUCGCCGCCCUCGCCCUCUUCCCGGCCGUCUUCCUCGCCGGUGUCGCUGGCAUGCUGGGCUACAAAGCCGGCCACGACCAGGCGUCGAAGCGC